CUGAAAAGAAGAAGCAAUGUAAUGAUAUAGAAUAUCGUGCAGAUCCAAACUAGACUUGUUGAUCUCCAUUAAAAGACAGGAGCAGAAGACAUAAAGGCAUCUUAAUACUAGACUCAUUUUAUAAAAUCAGCUCGUGAAAUGAUCAGAAAAUAAAUCUUUGUGAUGCCUAUGAGAAGUCUAAGCAUCUUAAUGCUUUGACUCUGAAAACUGGCGUUCAUCCCCUUCGGGAGAGCUGCACCGCCUGGAGUGAUUUUAUUCCAUCUACCUGUUAGUGGCUUUAAUGGAGCUGCGCGAAUGGAUCUAAAAAGGCGCAAAUGCAGACCUUAACUUGGGGAAGCUUGGCGGACGGCGGGCAGUAAUUUUUAAGGAGUCGGGGGAUUUACGGAGGACACAAUGCCAGCUGGAAUGAAUAAAUCGGGAUCCAGGUCCACUACAUCGUUGCCACCAGAGCCGGUGGAUAUUAUCCGGAGCAAAGCUUGCUCACGGAGAGUCCGACUCAAUGUUGGCGGGCUCUCUCACGAAGUUCUUUGGAGAACAUUAGACCGUUUGCCCCGAACGAGGCUGGGAAAACUCAGAGACUGCAAUACUCACGAAGCGUUAAUGGAAAUAUGUGAUGACUAUAAUUUGGAGGAUAACGAGUACUUUUUUGAUAGACACCCGGGGGCAUUUACAUCCAUUUUGAAUUUUUACCGCACUGGGAAGUUACAUAUGAUGGAGGAGAUGUGCGCUUUGUCAUUCAGUCAGGAAUUAGACUACUGGGGAAUCGAUGAAAUCUAUUUGGAGUCCUGUUGCCAGGCAAGGUAUCACCAGAAAAAAGAACAAAUGAACGAAGAACUGAAACGAGAGGCCGAAACCUUAAGAGAAAGAGAAGGAGAGGAGUUUGAUAACACCUGCUGCGCGGACAAGCGCAAGAAGCUCUGGGACUUGCUAGAAAAGCCCAACUCUUCAGUUGCUGCAAAGAUUUUGGCCAUCAUAUCUAUUCUCUUCAUUGUGCUUUCAACCAUUGCCUUGUCACUCAACACUCUUCCGGAGCUUCAAGACAUGGAUGAAUUUGGACAAGUCACAGACAAUCCCCAGCUUGCUCAUGUGGAGGCUGUCUGCAUUGCAUGGUUCACAAUGGAGUACCUGCUACGGUUUCUGUCCUCACCAAACAAAUGGAAGUUCUUUAAAGGGCCCUUAAAUGUCAUUGAUCUUUUAGCUAUAUUGCCAUAUUAUGUUACUAUCUUUCUUACUGAAUCAAAUAAAAGUGUGCUGCAAUUUCAAAACGUUAGGAGGGUGGUCCAGAUCUUCCGAAUCAUGCGAAUCCUUCGAAUUUUGAAGCUGGCUAGGCACUCUACUGGACUGCAGUCACUUGGAUUCACGUUGCGGCGGAGCUACAAUGAACUAGGGCUCCUUAUUUUGUUUCUAGCAAUGGGUAUCAUGAUCUUUUCUAGCUUGGUAUUUUUUGCUGAGAAAGAUGAGGAUGAUACCAAAUUUAAAAGUAUUCCCGCAUCAUUCUGGUGGGCAACCAUCACUAUGACAACCGUUGGGUAUGGAGACAUCUAUCCUAAGACUCUUUUGGGUAAAAUAGUAGGAGGUCUUUGCUGUAUUGCUGGAGUUUUGGUAAUUGCUCUUCCCAUACCAAUUAUUGUGAACAAUUUCUCUGAAUUCUACAAAGAACAAAAGAGACAAGAGAAAGCCAUAAAGCGCAGAGAAGCCCUUGAAAGAGCAAAGCGUAAUGGUAGCAUUGUGUCCAUGAAUAUGAAAGAUGCUUUUGCACGCAGCAUAGAGCUCAUGGAUAUAGUUGUGGAAAAGAACGGGGAAAAUAAGGACAAAACUCACGAUAACCACCUUUCACCCAACAAAUGGAAGUGGCCAAAGCGUACUCUCUCUGAAACUAGCUCCAAUAAAUCUUUCAAUACUAAAGACAAUGGGACACCAGUUAAAGCUCAUGCUUGCUCAAACCCUCAGGACCUCAAUGUUCAAAACCUGGAAGAUGUGUAUAACAAAAUGGAAAAAGCCCAAUCCCAACCAAAUCUCAUAACAAAGGAUGGAGGACAAAUUUCAAAAUCAGGCAGGAAGAGAGAUGACUUAGAAAUGGAUGCUAUUGCAGGCCCGGGAGACCCUCUUCUGGCCACUCCAGAAGGUAUCAUUGAUAUGAGAAGUAUGUCCAGCAUAGACAGUUUUAUAAGCUGCGCUACUGAGUUUCCAGACAGUGGAAGAUUCCCUCAUAGUCCAAUAGCAACACUAUCAUGUAAAGUAAGUGCACAUCCAAGCCUGGAGACAACGCAUGAACACGAAGACCUACUUUCUCCUAAAUGUACUCACGGCAGUGUUGUUUUUUUCAUUGAUAGCCCUAAAAGGUCUUUAAAAUUCAGCAAUCCAUCAAAAUCAAGGUCUUUAAAAGUCAACUUUCAAGAGACUGAAUCAGGUCUGCACACAAUAGCUACUGGUUUUUCUGGUCCUAGUUUGAAGAACCUCAGUCAUCCCAUACCACUUUCGGAUAGCUCUCUGUUUUCUGAGCGAUCCUUGCUCAGCCCAGAAAUUUCCAUUUACACGACAGCCAGUAGCAAGACUCCACCUAAGUCGACAGAAAGCAUAAUGCCAACAGUAUUUACAUUCCAUGAUGAAACGAUAAAUAGAUAUAUUGAUGCAGACACUGACGAUGAAGAGCACAUGCAGGGUGUAACUGACUCCAGUCCCUCUAAGCACCUUCUUGGCAAUGCCAGCCCCAAAUAUACUUUGAACAGCAGUUUCCAGCGACAGAGAAGCAUCAAUCACCUCGGUGUAACUGCUGCUGCAUCACAAAGGUUAAUUGGCCAAAACUGUGUUUAUCCUUUAGAAGGAAUAAUGGGCCGGAGUGCUAGUCAAGAAAGCAGCAAGUUGGAAAAUCACAUUGUUCAAGAGGUUCGCCUUCACAGCGCUGAACAGAGCCGCUCCAAUACAUUCGACGAAAGCCUUUGACUGCAUCCCCACUAACGGGGACCGAGAAGUGUGAAUAAAAAUAUAUCUAUUUUUACAUCAUUAACUUUUUUGCAUGGCAUGAUAUACUGUUUCAGAAUUUUUUCAGGGGUUUGAGAUUAAUACGAUAAACAUAACUGGCAUUCUUUGAUUUUACAUUUCUGGUAGUUCAAAACAAAACUGAACUUAGAUAUUACUGUGAAUUCCUAGGCACUCGCAGAGGACAUUUUAUUGACACAUUUCUGCCUGGUGUCUGCCAUGUCACAGAUUCUUUCCUAAUGAUAGAGAAAUGCAAUUCUAUAUGAAUUGCAUGGUUUUGUGAACCUCUUGUAUGUAUUACUUGUAAAUAAAUCAAUGUGAAUUACUGAUCUAGGAAAAAGCACCUUGAAAAUAGAAAUUAUUUGGCCAAUUAUUACACCGAUAAUAAGGGUUAGCUAUAAUUACUCUUUUGUUUGAUUUAUUUAUUAGAAAAAGGGGUCUGUAUUACAGAUGGCCAACAAAAUAAACAUGGGGAUGUUUGUUUGUUUGUUUGCCCCUUAAUUUUGCCUUAGAGGUUCAGUUGCUGUUAAAUAUUAGAAUGAACUGCACCAUUCUCGUCCUGCUAUACAAAUGUAUUUUUUUUUAAAUAAACAAAAUUAGCAACUUUC